AUGAAUGUGGAGUUGGUGGGGGAGCGUGUGCCGGGUUUGCCGAGGGAGGGGGAGGUCAGGGGAGAAGGAGAGGGCGUGCCUGUCGUACCGGGUAUGCGUGCUUUGCGGAGAGAAGUGGAGGUGCGGGAAGAUGAAGAAGAAGAAGAAGACGAAGAAGAAGAAGAAGAAACCGACGACGACUGGACGAUUGUCGGGGACGAGGACGGAGCCCGGGAGGUUGUCAAACGGCCUCCGCCCACUUAUGAGGAUGCAACGAGGACGUGA